AUGCAUAAAGGAUAUGAAGCUGACCAAAAGGAAUUCCACAAGAACCGGCAGCAAUUUAUACAAUGCCAAGAUAUUAUUGAUGAUUUAAAAGAGGCGACUAGAGCUUAUGAUACAUCUGGAAGAGCUGAGAAGCACAUUGAACGCAUGUUUAACCACAAUGUUGUAGAGGGAAAUGUAAGAAUGCAUGGUUUUCUUGUUGUGACAAAUACUUUUAAGUUAUUUGCAUCAAAAGCCAUGCAAACAGAAGAAAAUAUAAAAUUGGCCACGUAUUUAGGUUAUUGUUUUGAAAUGAUUAUUGGAUCAUGUUUUAUUGUGGAUGACAUUAUAGACGGUAGUCCCACUAGGCGAAAGAAACUCUGUUGGCACAAAAUGGAAGAUGUUCAGUUAAGUGCCAUUAAUGAUGCAUUUAUGCUGGAAGCAGCCACUUAUGUUGUUCUAAAGAAGCAUUUUAGUCAUCUUGAUUGCUACGUUAAACUCCUUGAGUUAUUCAGAGAAACAAUUUUUGUUGGUUCUAUCGGACAAUAUUUGGAUAUUCAGACACAGCAUCAGGAUUUCACGACCUUUACAAUGGACCAAUACAAGAAAAUUACAGAGACGAAAACAGUAUACCCCGGAGGAUAUAUUCCAAUGGCAAUAGGAUUGCAAUUGGCUAAUGUCACUGAUCCUGAUAUUUUUCAAGAAGCACGUUCCUUCUCCUUACAAUUUGGGGCAUUUUUUCAGUUUCAGAACGAUUUUACCGAUUGUUACGCUGACCCAAAAGUAAUCGGGAAAGUUGGAACGGACAUUGAAGAGGGAAGAUGUACAUGGUUAGCAUGUAAAUUUUUAGAGUUAGCCACUCCGGUUCAGAAGAAAAUAUUCAAAGAGAAUUACGGAAAAGCUGAUCCAUUGUGCGUAAAGAGAAUUAAGGAACUGUACGACGAAGUAUCUAUGGUAGAUAUUUGUCUUAAGUACGAGGAUGAGAUCUAUGAAAAACUAAACAAAAAUUUAGAAUUUUCCAGCAAAACAACUAAACCAUAUAUGCAUCUUUUUUUAAAAACGUGCCACAAAUAUGUGGAAAAACAUUAAAAUACUGUAGUAA